CAUUAAUAUACUAAUUAACAAUUAAUAAUUUGAAUUAUUUCCGUAAUGCCUAAAGGUAUGCAAGAUAUAUUUCAUAGUAUUGCCAUAUCCACAAUUCAAGUUAUUUGAAAUUCAAUUCAAUUGUUUUCUCUGCUUUGUUAACAAACAGCUGACUUAUUCAAUAAUACUGCUAACCUAUAUCGUUUUCAUUUCUUACGUUAACUUUGUUGAGCACACCAAAAUUAUAUUUGCAAGCAAUUUAAUCAAUACCUAAAUGUUUAAAAGUGUAAAAGUAAUAUUUCUUCUUUACUAAGCAAACUCCUCAUCUGGCAACGCCUACUUAUACAGUCAACAGCUGUCAGCGUCCUUUGUUUGUUUAUUAUAAAUGUCAUAUUUGACAAUAUUUUCUUUUAGGAAAAACAAAACUUUGUCAUCAAACAGUGAUAAGUGGAGAAAAAUUCGUUUGUCAGUAUUCGAAAUUUUUUUGUGUUUGCUUUAAUAAUUUAUUAAAGCGUUUAGUUUUAUUUGUACAAAUUUUUAGUGUUUUUUUAUUUUUGGUUUCGUUGUAGUCUUAAAUUUGAUUGUGGCGAAUGUUUGUGGGCAGAAUGAAUGCCAAAGAUAUAUUAAUGCGAGCAGUGCAGUGUGAUCAAGCCGGACGGAUUUUGGAGGCACAACAUCUCUAUCAAGAUGGGAUACAAAUACUUAUGGAUCUGGUGGCGGACGAAUUGGAUGUGUCAAAGAAAAAGGUGUUUUAUGAGCGUAUCAAAGAGUACAUAGACCGCGCGGAACAAAUCAAGGACCGUGUACAGAAGCAUGUCACACGCGGUGAGCUGGUCAAAAAUAUACCCAUAGACGACAAUUCUACCGGCAACAGUUAUCAGUCGAUAUUCGGGCAGUACCUCAAUGUGGAUGUAAAAGAGGUGCUACUUGAAGAACCAUAUCUGCACGAAAAGUAUCAUUUUCAGAAUCUUGUCACAUUCUUGGAAUUGUUGGUAAAGAACUGCCGUCACCUCAAGUAUGUGAGAGUAGUCACGAAAACUGAUGCCAAAGCGCCGGAGAACCAAAGAAAUUUGCUGGAACAGAUUAGAGCGGAUAUGUCGAGACGUAAUAUAACUUUAAGCAUAAAAUUCGAAAACACUUUGCAUGAUCGCAAAAUUGUUCUCAGCAACGGUUACAUUAUAAAGAUUGGGCGUGGUUUGCAUUUCUUCAAAGCCACUAAUCCGUUAUACAGCCUAGGCUUAUGUGAUUAUGAUUUUCGAAAAUGCUUGCAAACGGACGUGGAUAUUUGGCGUACUAAAAACUUCAUUGCCUGAAGUUGAUAAGAGUGCUGGACAAAAACAAUUACGUAUUAUGUCACUCGAUCAGCGUUAAGCGUUUAACAGACAUUUUUUCAAUAUUUCUUAUGAUUUUUUUUUAAGAAUUUUAUAAAUAUGUAAUUAAGAUCUUUUCAUUUUUAUCAACCAAAAAACAAAAAAGUUUUGUAUUUAACUUUUAAUAAAUAUUACUUACAAAACUGUAAAUGUAUUAAAAAUUAAAACAAUAAAAAAUUAAUUGAAUGUGAAUUGUGAGCAACAAAAAAAAA